AUGCUACAUUCAAAUCCUAUAAUACAUCCAAAUAAUCAAAAUCAUAGAUUUAAAUUUGAAACUUUUUUAAGAAAUGAAUAUAAUUUUGGAUUAGAUCCAGAUAGACCAAAAUGUCCAUUUUAUAAUCCUCAAUAUCCAAAAACUUCAUGUCCAUUAGGUUCAAACUGUCCAAAUAAACAUGUUUCACAAACUUAUAAUAAUAAAAUAGUAUGUAAACAUUGGUUAAGAGGAUUAUGUAAAAAGGGAGAUCAUUGUGAAUUUUUACAUGAAUAUAAUCUACGUAAAAUGCCAGAAUGUUUAUUUUAUACUAAAAAUGGAUUUUGUACUCAAACUCCUGAAUGUUUAUAUUUACAUAUUGAUCCUCAACUGAAAAUUCCUGAAUGUAUGAAUUAUAAUAGUGGUUUUUGUUUAGAAGGGCCCAAUUGUAAAAAUAGACAUGUUAGAAAAGUUAUAUGUCCUUUAUAUUUAGCUGGAUUUUGUCCAAAGGGUAGUAAUGAAUGUGAAUUUACUCAUCCUAAAUUUGAUUAUCAUAAUUUAUAUUUAAGAAUAAAACCAGAUCCGACAAAAGUAGAGGUAGAAAGUGUAUAG